GACCGCCAGCUUCCAGGUCCCCAUGCAGACUGGGGAGGCAGUCCCCGUGUCACCAAGUCAGCGUGGAUUGAGGGGACGAGUCGGGGGGUCUGUCGGACAGGGCCCGCAGAGCAAGGGGUGUGGUGCUCGCUGUUACCGUGCCGCUGCCAUCAUCAGCGCCUUGUCUGGGGUUUUCCACCCUGGGCUUGUGUAGACAGCCUCACUGCCUGUCUCCUGGGACAUCUGUAGUCAUCAUGACUGGGAUUAUAUAUACUGGGAGGGAACCCCUAGCAUCCAGUUGGGGGGCCAAUACGGCUCCACAUCCACAACACCCCAGAUGUCCCACAGAGUGACCCCACCCUCGUGUCUGCAGUGCUGGGCACCUGGGUUAGCGAAUGGGCCUUGGGGGUGCCCGGAGCCCCACACUGUAGGUGUCCUGUGCAGUGCGCUGAGAGGCUGGGCUUUGCAGUGUCACAGCUCAGCUGACAGGCGGGAGCUGUGGUGGGGUCCCCGUGCUUCUGUCUAUGUGAUUGCAGUUGUACGGAGGCUGAAAAAGGAGCAGCAAAACCUUGGGCUUGAUCUUGUGUGUCUUCACCUCUCCGGUGGCUGAUGUUGAUCGUGUUUUGUGGACAUCUCGGUCCAAGAUGGGUUCGGCCCAGAAAAAGACGACCCCAGCAGAGGUCCCGCUGAUGACUGGACAGCCCGGUCCUGGCCAUGGGAAGAAGCUGGGUCAUCGGGGUGUGGACGCAUCUGGCGAAACCACCUACAAGAAGACCACGUCCUCUACCCUGAAGGGGGCCAUCCAGCUGGGCAUUGGCUACACCGUGGGCAACCUGAGCUCCAAGCCGGAGCGCGACGUGCUUAUGCAGGACUUCUAUGUGGUGGAGAGCAUCUUCUUCCCCAGUGAAGGCAGCAACCUCACUCCCGCCCAUCACUUCCAGGACUUCAGGUUCAAGACCUAUGCGCCUGUUGCCUUCCGCUACUUCCGGGAGCUCUUUGGGAUUCGGCCAGACGACUACUUGUACUCGCUGUGCAACGAGCCGCUUAUUGAGCUGUCUAACCCCGGUGCCAGCGGCUCCCUGUUCUACGUCACCAGCGACGACGAAUUCAUCAUCAAGACGGUGAUGCACAAGGAGGCCGAGUUCCUGCAGAAGCUGCUGCCUGGCUACUACAUGAACCUCAACCAGAACCCCCGGACACUGCUGCCCAAGUUCUAUGGGCUAUACUGCGUGCAGUCAGGCGGCAAGAACAUCCGUGUGGUGGUGAUGAACAAUGUGCUGCCACGCGUGGUCAAGAUGCAUCUUAAGUUCGAUCUCAAAGGCUCCACGUACAAGCGGCGGGCCAGCAAGAAGGAGAAGGAAAAGAGCAUCCCCACCUACAAGGACCUGGACUUCAUUCAGGACAUGCCCGAGGGGCUAAUGCUUGAUGCCGACACCUUCUCUGCACUCGUCAAGACGCUGCAGCGAGACUGCCUGGUGCUGGAGAGCUUCAAGAUCAUGGACUACAGCCUGCUCCUGGGCGUCCACAACAUCGACCAGCAGGAGCGCGAGCGGCAGGCUGAGGGCGCCCAGAGCACAGCUGACGAGAAGCGGCCGCUGGGCCAGAAGGCGCUCUACUCCACAGCCAUGGAGUCCAUCCAGGGUGGCGCCGCACGCGGGGAGGCCAUCGAGACAGAUGACACGAUGGGGGGGAUCCCCGCUGUGAAUGGUCGAGGAGAGCGGCUGCUUCUGCACAUCGGAAUCAUCGACAUCUUGCAGUCCUACAGGUUCAUCAAGAAGCUGGAACACACCUGGAAGGCUCUCGUCCACGAUGGCGACACAGUCUCCGUCCACCGGCCCAGCUUCUAUGCCGAGCGCUUCUUCAAGUUCAUGAGCAACACGGUUUUCCGGAAGAACUCCUCCCUGAAGUCCUCACCGUCCAAGAAGGGCCGUGGUGCCUUGCUGGCCGUCAAGCCCCUGGGGCCCACGGCCGCCUUCUCGGCCAGCCAGAUCCCCAGCGAGCGGGAGGAUGCACAGUACGACCUGCGGGGGGCCCGCAGCUACCCCACACUGGAGGACGAGGGCCGGCCGGACCUCUUGCCCUGCACGCCGCCAUCUUUUGAGGAGGCCACCACCGCCUCCAUCGCCACGACCCUGUCCUCCACGUCCCUCUCCAUCCCAGAGCGGUCCCCUUCGGAGUCGUCGGAGCAGCCACGGUACAGGCGGCGCACACAGUCCUCGGGACAGGAUGGCCGGCCCCAGGAGGAGACGCACGCGGAGGAGGACCUACAGCAGAUCACGGUGCAGGUGGAGCCUGCGUGCAGCGUGGAGAUCGUGGUCCCCAAGGAGGAAGAUGCAGGGGAGGGGGCGUCCCCAGCCUGUGCCUCUGCCGCUGUCGAAGCGGAAACCGCCAGCCAGGCCUCCGAGCCCGCCAGCCAGGCCUCAGACGAGGAAGACGCGCCCGCCACGGACAUCUACUUUUGGGUACAGCGGGCAGGCUCCGUGCUUAGGGAGGCCGGGGCAGGUGGGCUCCACGCUGCCGGCCUCAAGGGACGAGGAUGCACAGCUGCUCCUGGACAAGCGGGUCCUGAGCUAUCUCCCCAGGAUGCCCCGCUCCGGGAUCAGAUGGUCCUGAUUACAGCAGAGAGGGCCAAACACCAGCACCGCCUGCUGUCCUCUUCCCAGACUUUGAUUCUCACCUGUGACCCCCAACCCUGCCCUUGCCCAGUGCUGGGCCUCGGGGCUGUUUGGGUGAGCCUGGCCCUCCUGCUGACAUCGCUGCUUCUUAACAACCCCCUGCUCUCAGUCCCCAAGCCAAUGCUGCCUGGCCUGCAGGGCAUCAAGCGCGUGCACCCUGUGUUCCCCCCGACCCCCACCCCAGCGGGGCUGACCUGUCCCAUCCUCUGGAUCUGUGUGUGAGGUGGCCCCAGGGGCCCUGUCCUGUCAGGAGUCAGGUGCGUGAAACCCGGAUCUGCAGCCAGGCCCGGCAUGCAGCAGAGAAGAAAGCCAGUGGGACACCAACCCCCUCUUCCCGCUUGGCACAGCUUACCUGCCCCGCCCGAUGCCCUCCCCGCCUGCCCGCCCGCCAGACUCCCGUGGCCUCGUCCUAUCACUUCAUCCUGUCCUCUGUUUGCUUCCUCCCCCGCCCG